UAAUAUAACAGACGGAAAAUUUUGUUUAAUAUAGUUGCUAACUUCACCUGUGCCAUAUACUGUGAAAUGUCAUUGAAUCUGUGACCACUGCAUUGAAAAGUUUUCACACUCGUUACCAUCAUGAAGGCAAUAUCAGACAGCAAGCUGAAAGCUUUUAGCAUUGGUCGCAUGAAUGUGACGAAAAAUGUGCUCAAUAAAAGGGAAAAGGAAGAAAUUAAGAAGAAAGAAGAAGACAAGAAGACACAAGAGGUUUAUAAAGAGUUUGUUGCUUCAUUUGAAGGCAGCAAGUCAAACAUGAAAACAUUUGUACGAGGAGAUGUUAUUAAUCCUGAUAAAUCUAUGGACACUACGAAAGGCAAGCUGUACAAGCCAAAGUCUCGCUUACAUGAACCAGACACACACAAACCAAAUGUCGUUUCUUCACCCAUCACCCCGAAAUCUGCUGUGAAACCUGACCGACCAACACUAAAGAAAAAGGAGUACAAAAAGAAGAGCAAUUUAGAACUAUUCAAAGAGGAAUUAAUGGUGAUGCAGAAAGAAAGAGAGCAACGCCACAGUGUCAAGAAAUCCAUGCAAAGAGGUCCUAUGGUAGAUAGUUUUAAUAAACCAAGGCAAUCCAGGUUUCAACCAUUAGAUGACAAGAUAGUGGCCAACAUAGCUGAUCCAUCAGUGUUGGAUGAUCUUGUGGCAAGCUCCCAUGAAAAUGGUGAUCCAAUGACAACCAACCUGUUCUUGGGAAAUGUCAAUCCAAAAUUGGAUGAACAACAACUUUGUGAACUGUUUGGAAAAUAUGGGCCAUUAGCUAGUGUAAAGGUAAUGUGGCCUCGUACUGAAGAUGAAAGAGCGAGGGAACGAAAUUGUGCGUUUGUUGCUUUCAUGACGAGAAAAGAUGCAGACCGCGCACUGAGGCAUUUACAAGGAAGAGAUAUAUGCGAUUAUGAGAUGAAACUAGGUUGGGGUAAAUCUGUCCCUAUCCCCCCACACCCAGUGUAUGUACCCCCAGCUCUUCUUGAUCGUACUCUACCCCCGGCACCAUCUGGUCUUCCAUUCAACGCUCAACCCCUUGAUCCCAUGAAGAAACCCCCAGCACCGGGUGUCCCUCCAGAGUUUGUCGACCAGCAAGACUUUGAAAAUACCUUGAAAAAUUCCGUUGUGCGUGUGGUAGUACCUACGGAAAGGAACUUGUUGGCAUUGAUUCAUAGAAUGAUAGAGUUUGUUGUACGCGAGGGCCCAAUGUUUGAAGCCAUGAUAAUGAACAGGGAAAUUAAUAACCCAAUGUUUCGCUUUCUCUUCAAUAAUAAAAGUCCUGCACAUAUAUAUUAUCGCUGGAGAACUUACUCAGUGCUACAUGGGGAGAGUCCCACAAAUUAUCGCACGGCAAAAUUUCGUAUAUUUCGUGGUGGAUCGUUGUGGCAGCCACCUCCUUUAAACCCAUAUUCAACUGGCUUGGAGGAAACAGACUCAGAAGAUGAAUUUCCGAUGCACAAGUCGGCUAAAGCAUCGGAACAAGAUGUUACAAGUGCAGAUACAGAUAAAGUAAAGGGAGAGUUAAAGGAAGAUGAAAGAGACAAACUUGAAGACAUUUUGCGAAGCCUUUUACCUCGGCAAAAGUUGAUCGGUGACGCGAUGGUGUUCUGUCUCCAACAUGCUGAGUGCGCAGAAGAAAUCGUUGAAUGUUUGGCUGAAAGUUUAUCAAUCCUUGAAACCCCACUUACAAAGAAAAUUGCACGGCUGUACUUGAUAUCAGAUAUCUUGCACAACUCAUCUGCAAAAGUUGCAAACGCUUCGUUUUUUAGAAAACAGUUGGAAUCAAAACUGGAACAAGUAAUGACUGACUUACAUUUGUGUCACGUUGCCAUCAGUAGUCGUCUACGAGCCGAGCAAUUUAAACAGAAAAUUCUUUCGUGCUUUAGAGCAUGGGAUGACUGGGCAAUAUACCCGGAUAAAUUGCUUAUUCAUUUACAAAACACUUUCCUUGGCUUAGUGGGCGGAACAAGCCAGAAACAGGUUGAACCAAAACCGUUGGUAUCUAAAGAUGAAGGUCUUCCAUUAAUAAGUGAUGAAGCAGAUGAUGAGGAUGUAGAUGGUGUUCCUAUGGAUAAUGUGGAUGUUGAUGGGAUGCCUCUUGAUGGGGAGCCACUGGAUGGGGUGCCAUUGGAAAAUAAAAAGGUGGCAGAAGAGCCACAGGCUCGGUUUGUUCAAUCUAAAUGGGAGAUGGUGGAUCCUGUUGAGGUAGAAGCUCAAGCUAUGACAACUUCCAAGUGGGAUCAACUUGAAAACCAGAACUAUGAUGGAGAACCACUUGAAGAAUCCCAUUCACAGAGUGAAAACUUAGCUCAAGAAUUUAAAUAUGACGAAUCAAAAAGAGCAAAACUUCGGGAAAUUGAGGUGAAAGUGAUGAAAUUUCAAGAUGAAUUAGAAUCUGGACAAAGAGAACGAAAAUCGGGUGUUUCAAUUUCUAAACAAGUUUCUCAAUACAGAGAGAAGUUAUUGGAUAAAGUAAGUGAACGGGAAGAAAAAAUGCGACAUAGAGAUUCCGAUAGAAAGAAAGACAAACGAAGGGGACAAAGUAGUAGUGAUGAUUCGGAUGACUCUGAACAUUCAAAGAAAAAACGAAGAAAGAAAAAUAAAGAAAGUUCGGACACUCCCUCCCACCAUGGAUCAGGGUUAGUUUCGUAUGAUAGCGAUGGAUCGAGUGAUUCUUUGAGAAAAUAUUCACUUUCGGCAAAAAAGAAGAAAUAUUCUGGAAGGACCAGGUCUCGCUCGAGAGAAAAAUAUAGUCGCAAAGUUUCCACUCCUGAUCGUAGACGAUCGAAAAGUCCUCAUCGUUCAAAGAGAUCCAGGUCGAGAUCCAGGGAGAGGAAGAAGAAGAGAAAGAGCAAGCAUUGAUGCUCCGGAUGCGAGAUUUAAGAAAACUAAGAGUUUUGAGGGUUUUGUGGUAAAAACCACAUGACUAACUGUUAUCACGAAUAGAAUGCAGCCAAAUGCUUGUACAAAGUAACAGCGUGUAUUUCAUGAACAAUAUUAAUAAACCUAUGGUUAUUAGCGUU